UCAUCUUUGCGAGCGGCAGUGAGAAAUUAAUCAAAAUUAAAGUGUAGUGUGAAACGUAAAAAUAAAGGUUAAUACAUUUAAUACUACAACAAUUAGAAAAAUUAAUAAUUUACAAAAAAAAACACAUCAAACAUUUUAUAAAUUUAAUUUACUUGAAAUUAAAUUCAAUUACACAACUAAAAAAAAUUACACAUAUACAUAUGAGUAAAAUGGAAGUCUACACAUCGGACAGCAGCGACACAGACUCACGCGAGCAAAAGACACUGGAUUAUGGCCGUAUGAACCUCACCGAAAUCACGCUCGAGGAUGAUUUACAUGCCAAGAAAGCGCUAAAAACACACAAGGAUUUCGAGACUUUAUUAUUGAAUCAUAAUCGCCUAAGACUACUACCCUCAGCUCUCAUUAAAUUCACAAACUUAAAAGUAUUGGAUUUGAGCUCGAAUUGUUUGACACAAUUGCCGGAGGCUAUUUGCAAUUUAUCCUUAGUCACAUUGAUAGCUAAAAAUAAUAAUUUAACAAAUAAAUCGUUGCCGAAAACUUUUGUGAUGCGCAAUUCCGUCCUGAAGGAGCUAAACUUAAGUGGCAAUCAGUUGACACAUUUUCCCGAACAGGUGGUGGAAUUGAAGCAGUUGCGUUAUUUCUAUGCGGGCGCAAAUAAAAUCAAUGCGAUUUCAAAGGAUAUAUGGAAAAUGCAAAGCUUACAAGUACUCUCGUUGGGCGGCAAUCUCAUCACCGAUGUGCCGGAAGCCGUGGGCAGACUCAGCCAAUUGCAAGCACUUGUGCUAUGUGAUAACCUCAUUGAGAACUUACCAACCAGCAUAGCUCAUUUGGACAGUUUAAAAUCAUUGUUAUUGCACAAAAAUCGACUCAGACAUCUGCCCAAAGAUAUAAUCGCUUUGAAGAAUUUAACAGAGUUAAGUUUGCGUGAUAACCCAUUGGUUGUGCGUUUCGUACAGGACAUUGCCUUGAAGCCGCCGACACUGAUGGAAGUCGCCGCACGUGUUGUCAAGUGCACUGGCAUACCGUAUGGCCCAGGCAUUGUGCCACGCACCGUCAGCGAUUAUCUGCAGAGCGCCAAUUGUUGUGUGAAUCCCAAGUGCAAAGGUGUCUUCUUCGAUAAUCGCGUUGAGCAUAUUAAAUUCGUGGACUUUUGUGGUAAAUAUCGCGUACCACUUUUGCAAUAUUUAUGCUCUUCUAAAUGCAUUGAACCGGAGCCGGAGCGUCCACAGACCAGCGGCAGUGCCAGCGGUUAUAUGAUGCGGAAAGUGUUGCUUGGUUGAUUGGUGUUUGAUGGAGCGUAGCUGGUGGCGCAGCGUGCAGCGCUUUGGACUGGUUUUUUUUUUUAGUAGAACAAUUUCUUGUUGUUGUUUUUCAAAUGAAUUAAGCAGAAAAAUGACCAUUAUACUGUUUUGAGAAUUCAAUUAUUUAGUAAUUGGAAAAUGUGUACUAAAUUUUUGGAAUAUUCUGCUGUUGGUAGGCAUUUUUUUGUUUUAAAAUAUUCUUUCACUUGAAUGCCAUGAGAUUCGCGCUCGUCAAAAUAAGCAAGUCUGUGAGAAAUAAAUAAAAUUUUAUAAUGCUGAGCAUUUUAUACAUAUGUACAUAUAUAAUACUAACACACUUUUAUAUAUUCCAAGACAAAACAAAAAAGAAUAAACAUAUUUGCAAAUUUGUAUGUAUCUACAUAUAUUCAUAAAAGAUAAAAAAAUAAAAGUUUGCAUUGAUUGCACAGAACUGAACACUAUUUUCGCCGACAAUUUUCCGUUAGAAAUUAAUUGAGCGAUUGUCAAACGCAGAAACUAUCGCCAGUUACUUUGAAGUUAUCGAUAGUUGUGAUGAUUAGGCAUUUUUAUUAAUGUAAACAAACGAAAUAAAUGAAGGAUGAAAUAAAUUUAA